CUGAUGUCGCCGCGUUCCUCCGAGUUCCUACGUUCUUUUCCCGACAAGUGAACUACUAACUAUGCAUUAGAUAAAAGUUUGAAUAGAGAGCUUACCCGUGGCCUUCGGACUCGGGCAGCUUCACACUGUCAAAUCAUUGUGAAACACUACUCAGUUAAUCUUGGUAGUUCAAUCACCGUCGUACCAUUUCUGUUCACUAUUUUACCUUUCUUUCAAACGCGCUAUCUGGUGAUACACUAUCGAAUGCUUCGCACGCCUGUCCCUUAGGAUGGAUUGAGAAUGUUCCUUUAUGCGUACACUGGGGUUCGAAGGAACUGAUCUAUAAAGGUGUAGGAAGAGAUUUAUCUGCACGACAGAUCACUUCCCUGGUCCGUGUCCACACAUUCGCUACAAUGUCGCCUGCAGUCGUUCUAGGCUUGACGGUGGUCCUCUGUGCUUGGCUUAUCCGUCGUCUCGGUCGUAUUGGUAGUCGAGAACGUGGCCUUCCACCUGGACCUCCGACUCUGCCUCUGAUUGGCAAUCUUCAUCAAUUCCCCACUGCCUUCGCUCAUGCUAAAUUCACCGAAUGGGCUAAACUCUACGGAGAUAUCGUUUCGGCCAAGCUUGGCCCUCGGACUGUUAUUGUUCUAUCCAGUCCAAGCCUAGUCCGUGAAUGCAUUGAUUUGCGCAGUGCAACCACGUCAGAUCGCCCGUCGCUUCACAUACUCGAGCUAUUGUAUGACGACAAUGAAGAUCUGGUUCUUGCUCGAUAUGGUCCUACAUGGAAGGCAUUGCGUCGAGCAGCGCAUGACAUUCUGAGUCGCGAAGCAUGUAUGAAGCACUUGCCCAUCCAACAUGCCGAAGCUAGCCAAUUGAUGUAUGACCUGCUGGAGCGUCCCGAGGGGCUUUACACUCACAUUUACAGAUACUCUGCGUCUGUAAUCCUCUCUGUUGUAGCCGGCAUACGCUCUCCCCAAUUUGAAGGCACCAUUGUUGAAGAUUUCGAUCAUUUGAUACGUCGCGUGGAAUACCUCCUGAGGCCUGGUGGCUCUCCGCCUGUCGAUCUCUUCCCACCCUUGAAGUAUAUUCCUUCGAGGUUCGCGCCGUGGAAGACAGAGACCAAAGAACUUCGGGCCAAAGAGGAGAAGCUUUUCUUUGAAUAUGUUCUGGACCAUCAAAGCUAUUACGGCCUUGAUUAUAGGAAGAUGGCGUAUCUUGGGGGCAUACUGCUCAUAGCUGGCGCCGAUACAACCGCAGUUUUCUUACGAUGGUUUGUGGCAUGCAUGCUCACACAUCCCGACAUCCAGAGGCGAGCUCAGCAGGAGAUCGACGAAAUCGUCGGUCUCGAUAAGUCCCCCGAAUUGAAUGACAUUGAGAAACUACCUUAUUUGCAGGCAAUCAUUAAGGAGGUUCAUCGUUUUCGCCCUGUAACGCCAACUGCAAUGCCUCACGUCACAACUGCAGAUGAACGAGUCGGCGAGUUCCUGAUUCCGAAGGGUGCAACGAUCUUCAUGAAUGUCUGGGCUAUAUAUCACCAUCUGGAUUAUUUCGACAACCCAGAGGUUUUCGAUCCUGAACGGUACAUGCGAUCAGAGCUUGGUAAUAAACCUGGAGUCGACACAACAGGACUUCGGAAUGACCUUGGGUUUGGCGGUGGUCGACGAAUUUGUCCAGGAUCGAACUUAGCUUCGAAUUCCAUUUUCCUGAAUACCAUGAACCUUUUGUGGGCCUUCAACUUAUUACCCGGGAAGGAUGAGAUCACAGGGGAGCCCGUUUCCAUUGACCUAAAUAGCUUCACCGGCGGUUUGGUCGCCGUUCCGCCGCCCUUUCCAUGUGAAAUCAUACCACGAAGCGAAGCAAAGGCUAGUAUGAUUCGCGAGCAAUUCACCGCGGCAAGCCCUACGUUCGAGCUCUUUGAGCAACACAUCUUUUCAAGAGAAGCCUGAUACUGGGGCGUGAAGGUACCGUCCGGCCCUUGCUUCUUAAACCUGUCAAUUGUGUUCUUGUUCUUAUGGCGCGUUUUGUAUCGCGGGGAAUCGCUGAUAUUUGAAUGGUGUUACCAUUCUCUCGUAGUACUGUACGUAAGACUAGCUGACUGCCCCACAGCGUAGUACAACGUUGACACCAAAUAUGUAUGAAUAGUGCGAUUAUGAAUGCCGCCUAGUACGUAUGAACGUCAUCGGAGAGAAUACCAAAGUCGAAAUGCGAUCAAACCCUCAUAUCCGUGAUGUCCCGGAGAAACAUCGAGAGGGAUGAAUCCAUGCUUCAGACCGAAUUUCCGGGAUAUGAAUACAUGUCUGUACUCGUUCUUGAGGCAUAUACGGGCUGCUACGAUACAAUUAUCAAAAGGGGUUUCUGCGAA